UGUUCACCUUUCUCAGCUAAGCUUCGAAAACAGAGCUUCAAAACUGUCCCUUGCUAGCUUCAAGGGACAGUUUUCUGGUUUUAAUUCCGACCUUCAUCUUUUUAAACUGCCCCCAUCUCACAGUUUUAACCGGAUCUUACACCAAAGCAAACUGCAAACCAAACCAGUUUCACCCCUACGGCCACAACAAAAGUCAAUCAAAUCAAACUUUAAAUACACAUAAACCAGUUUCAGUCCCAGAAGACAUUGCAACUGUGCACUGAGAAGACCUCCCAUAUAUAAGAAGUAUGGUUUGCGCAACUCAGAAGUGCUUCAUGGAUGAUGGAAGGUGGUCACCAACAAGUGAUUGUUGAGACUAUUGGAGCUUUACUUCUCUCGAUACGCAUGAGACCCGCGUAGCAGGUGCUCUCUCAUGUCUCCACAGUGACAUGUCUUGAUCAAAGUGCAAUUUUGGGACCUUCGCCUCCCUGGUCGGUUUCCCUUUUGUUAACUCCUCAUCCAUUGUCUUCCUUUUCUCGAUAGGUAAAUCCAUCAUCUUGUCAAUCAUUCCUUGCUGUUUCUUAUAUUUCAAUGAAUUCUUGCGAGACGAUCCCAGAGGGCUAUUCACCUCCACCUCCCUCCUCCACCCCACGAUGGAACUACGACGUCUUCUUGAGUUUCAGAGGUGAAGACACCCGUAGAAGCUUUAUCGAUCCCCUCUACAGCGCUUUGGUCGAUGGAAGAAUCCUCGCCUUCAAAGAUGACGAGAAACUCAGGAGGGGAGAAGAAAUCUCAUCUGAACUUCUGAAAGCAAUCGAAGAGUCAAAAAGCUCUAUUGUCGUUUUCUCCAGAAAUUACGCUUCUUCCAAAUGGUGCCUCGAUGAGCUCGCCAAAAUUGUGGAGUGCAAGAAAACGAUGGGGCUGUUGGUUCUGCCUGUAUUUUAUGACGUCGAUCAGUCAGAUGUCCGGGAGCAGACUGGGACUUUCGCUGAGGCGUUCGUCAGACAUGAAGAGCGCUUCAAGGGGACGGAGAUGUUGGACAAGGUGCAGAAAUGGAAGGAAUCUCUCGCCGAAGCUGCCGACUUGCCCGGGUGGAAUCUGCAAGAUAUUGCCGACGGGAAUGUAUCAAAGUUUAUCCAAGUGAUUGUUGAAGAGUUUUCCAAGAAGUUGAAUUUUGACGUUGCAACCUAUCCAGUUGGCAUAGAUUUACGUGUGGAAGAAAUAAAUUCUUUGUUAAGCAUUCAGUCAGAUGAUGUUCGCAUUGUAGGGAUUUGUGGCAUGGGGGGAGUAGGUAAAACAACCAUUGCCAAGGCUGUCUACAACCUAAUUUCUUGCAGAUUUGAAGGUGGCUGCUUCCUUGCAAAUAUCAGGGAAGUUUUGGAACAACCUAAUGGUUUGGUUCAUUUGCAAGAGUUACUACUUUCUGAUAUCCUAAGGGAAGAAAGACCCAGGAUAAAUGAAGUCGGUGAAGGAACCAAGAUGAUCAAAGAAAGAUUGUUCAGGAAAAGGGUUCUCAUUGUCCUUGAUGAUGUGGAUCAAAAAAGCCAAUUAAUUGCAUUAGUUGGAAGCUGUAAUUGGUUUGGUUUGGGAAGUAGAAUAAUUGUAACAACACGAAAUGAACAUUUGUUAUGUGAGAUUGAAGCAGAUGAGAUAUACCAGGUUAAGGAAUUGAAUAGUGAAGAAUCUCUUCAACUCCUUAGUCGGCAUGCCUUUAGAAGAAACCAUCCCAUGGAAGAUUACAAGGAGCUCUCAAGUGAUGUCAUCAAUUAUGUUGGAGGGCUUCCUCUUGCUCUUGAGGUUCAGGGUUCUUUUCUAUUUGAGAAGGGCAUCUCUGAAUGGAAAAAUUCCCUAAAGAAACUAGAAAGAAUUCCUCAUAAUCAAAUUCAGCAAAAACUUAGGAUAGUUUUUGAUGAACUAGAUGAUGUAGAGAAGGAUAUUUUCCUAGAUAUCGCAUGCUUCUUUAAUGGAAUGGACAAGGACAGUGCAAUCACAAUACUUGGAGGUUGUGAUUUCUUUCCAGAAAUUGGAACAAGUUUUCUUUUGCGCAGGUGUCUUAUAACCAUCAAUGAAAAGAAUGAGCUGUGGAUGCAUGAUAUGCUACGAGACAUGGGAAGGCAAGUUGUUUACGAAGAAUCUCCCGAGGAGCCUGGGAAACGCAGCAGAUUGUGGUUUUACAAGGAUGCUUAUGAUGUCUUGACGAAAAACUUGGGAACAGAAGCAAUUGAAGGUCUCAUCCUAGACUUGCCAAGGUCAAGAACACUACAUUUGAGUGUUGAAGCAUUUUCAAGAAUGAAUAAAUUAAGAUUGCUCCAGCUCAAGAAUGUACACGUUACAGGGAGCUACGAAAAAUUUCCACAGGACUUGAGAUGGCUUUGUUGGCAUGGAUUUCCUUCAAAAUUUAUACCAACCAAUUUUAAUUUGGACAAACUAGUUUCUCUCGAUUUGCAACACAGCAGAAUCAGACAAGUUUGGAAGGAAUACAAGUCGCUACAAAAUUUGAAAAUACUUAAUCUUAGCCAUUGCAGUCACCUAGUCAAAACUCCAAAUUUCUGGGGGCUCCUUAAUCUUGAGAAAUUGAUCCUUGAAGGUUGCACAAGUUUGGUUGAAGUUCACAGUAGCAUUGAAGAUCUUGAUAAUCUUGUUUAUUUGAAUCUGAAGGACUGCAGAAAGCUCAGGGAACUCCCAAGCAGCAUUUAUAAGUUGAAAGCUCUUCAGGAUCUUGUUCUUCCUGGCUCCUCAAAACCUGACGCGUUACAAACUGAACCAUGGCUCUCAUUCUUUUGGUCCUGUGUACCACGAAGAAAAGGGGUUUCAUGAUCCCAAUCAUUUCACUCUAAUGUGAGUUUUCUGGGUCUCAGUUUAACUCAAAUGGUUUGAACGAUUGUUUGGUAUACAAGACAUUUAAGAUACAAAUACUUCUAAAUCAAUAUUUGUUUUACUAUGGUUCAGUUUGAAAGGGGUAUACAAAUAAGUGGUUCGGUUC